UGUAAAGACUCUUGCUUCACAGUCCGUCUCGUCACAGAUACUAUGGCUGCGUCCAGUGUUUUUAAAGCAGGUCUUUUCAAUCACAAAGUUGCAAUCGUGACGGGAGGCGGGACUGGGAUAGGAAAAGCUAUUACGUCUGAACUCUUACAGUUAGGAUGCAAUGUGGUCAUAUCAUCCAGAAAGCUUGAGCGUCUGGAGUCAGCAGCAGAAGAGCUGACACAGAAAAUCCCCCCAUCCAGCCCGGCUAAAGUGACCCCUAUACAGUGCAACAUCCGGAAUGAAGAAGAGGUGAAGAACCUGAUGGCCUCCACCCUGAAGCUCCAUGGGAGGAUCGACUUUUUAGUGAAUAAUGGAGGUGGGCAGUUUUCCAGCCCAGCGAACAUGAUGAGUGCAAAAGGCUGGAAUGCUGUGAUUGACACCAACCUCAACGGAACGUUCUUAUGCUGCAAAGAAGCAUUCAAUGCAUGGAUGAAAGAUAAUGGAGGCGUGAUUGUGAACAUCAUUGCGGACAUGUGGAAGGGUUUCCCUGGAAUGGCGCACACAGGAGCCGCCAGAGCUGCAGUGGACAACCUGACCAAGAGCCUGGCCAUUGAGUGGGCUGAUAGUGGGGUCCGGGUCAACUCUGUGGCGCCGGGAACUAUCAUAUCCAAAACUGCAAUGGAAAACUACAAAGAAUAUGGCCCUACUCUGUUUAGCAUGUCAGUGCCAUUUAGUCCGGCUAAAAGACUUGGCGUUCCUGAGGAGAUAUCACCUGCUGUAUGUUUCUUGCUGUCUCCGGCAGCCAGCUACAUUACUGGAGCAACGCUGAAGGUCGACGCAGGACAGAGUCUGUACCACUCUGUGUGGGAAAUCCCAGAUCACAGUUCCUGGCCUGCAGCCCCUGAAGGAGAAAACACAGACACAUUGAGAGAAAUCAUGAACAUGACCAAAUCCAAGCUGUGAAUCAUAACAAAACAAGUCUAGACUGUCAAACAGCUGCUCUUUAUCAUAGCGUGGGUGGAGCACAAAUGUGUUUUUUUUUUUUUUUUUUUGCUAGGAAUUGCAGCAUGUCUCGACUGUGGCCUUUGAGUGAUGCUCUCUGAAUUUCAUCAUUGCAUAAUUAAACUCUAAUAGUUCUUGAGGAACUGUUUAAUCAAUGUGUAUAUAUAUGUGUAAUAGUAUGUGAAUAUGACAUUUGUAAUUGUGAGAUUUCUAAAAAAUAACAUGUAUCAACUGUCACCAUGAGAUUACAAAUAUGUAAUGCAUUGUUUUAAAAAAUAUAUAUUUUCUGUUGUAACGAC